GUGUGACGCUAACGUGCGCGUAAAAAAAAUUUUUAAGUGACAAGUUAACAAGGUGUUUGUUUAAAAAAAUUGAAAAAAAUUUAAAUGUCUGGCAAACCAAAGCGUCCUCUUGCCGCAUAUAUGUUGUGGCUCAACAAUGCACGCGAUCAGGUUAAGCGCGAAAGUCCAGGCAUUAGAGUAACCGGAGUGGCCAAAAAAGGUGAAGAGAAUUUGAGGCCCAUGGAGGCAGCUGCCGAAUUUAUAUUCAUACAAUCAGCUGGAUUGAAACCACGUUUGCACAAGUUUCAAGUCACACAUCAAAGUUUAGCAAAAAUUAUCAAUAUCAAUUUGGAACCAAUCAUCUGCCGUAAAAUCAUGGAAUGGCACCAUCAGAAGCAUCAUCAACAUAUGUGCACAACUUGAAUGCUGCCAAGGCGCAGUUUGCUGAAGCACAGAAAAGCUGAUGUGACUACGACCAUCCCAUGUUGAAGCUAUCUGGGAUAUCGUCAACUGGAAGGAUAUCUAUAAUCACCUCGUUGCCGCUGCUAACAGAUGUUUGUGUCAUCCAAGCUUUAAUUGACCUAGAGAAAAAUGGGGAAAAUUGUAACGCACGAAUUGCAUCCCGGUAGGAAAGCUCGCGCGGUUACCGACCACAACAUACUGGUGUAUCCACUACAUGGCUUACUUCCAUAUGAACACACAAAUCCGCGAACAGACGCAGGCCUUUAAUCGUAGUUUUCGCGUAGUGAUUUUUUGCGUUACAUAUUCAAAAGUGUUUGUUACUAUAAUUCGGAUUAUGUUAUCGUUUUUCAAACAUUCUCCUUUAUGUACAAAAUAAUGUGGUUUACUUUCGCAGUUUUCUCAUUAAGGUUGUUCAAUUUAUUAUGUUUUGUAGCUUUAGAAAACUGGCAUAAAAAAAUUUACACAUUAUUCUAGUUGAAUGCCAAGAUAUAAUUACAAAAAUGGUUAAUAUAGGCUAAUUUAAUAAUUUCACUUUUCCCUAAUAUGGUUUUUGUACCAGUGAAAUAAAAUUUAUGUAAAUAGCAUUGCAAUGUAAUAUUUGUAUAUUUUACACAAUAUUAAUGCUAAUGGAACAUCUGGGACUAUGUUGUAUGUGCAUAAGCAUAAAGCGAAAUUCAAUAAACUGAAUAUUAUCAAUGAAA